GCGAGGCAUGCGGCAUCCGCCUCUGCGCUACGGGAGCGGCGCGGCUAUGAGGCCGCGGGUGCCCAGCUUCCGCCCGCCUUCUUCUCCUCCUCCUCGCCCUACAGCCGCGGCGGGCCCAGCCGGGCCCUUUGUUCCUUAGGGCAGCGGCUCCCCGCCCUUCUGCUGUGGCUGACGGCCUCGGGGCCACCGCUGGCGGCGCGACCGUCGGGCGCCGCGAGAAGGAGGAGGAGGAGCAGCCGCCGCCCAGGAUGCGAUGGGGAACUGCUGGGCGCAGGGCUGCUGCGGGCUGCUCCUCCGUAGGGAAGCGGGCCGGAUACAGCGAGGCGGAGGGUCAAAGUACUUUAGAACAUGUUCGACAGGAGAGCACUUCACUAUAGAGUUUGAGAACCUCGUGGAAAGUGAUGAGGGGGAAAGCCCAGGAAGCAGUCACAGACCUUUGACUGAAGAAGAAAUUGCUGAUUUGAAAGACAGGCAUUAUGACUCCAUUGCUGAAAAGCAGAGAGCUGUUGAUAUGAAACUUCAAUCAGAGUUAGCCUUACAAGAGGAGAAGUUAAGAAUAGAAGAGGAGGCUUUAUAUGCUGCACAACGUGAAGCAGCCAGGGCAGCAAAGCAGAAAAAGCUCUUGGAGCAGCGUAGACAGCAAAGGAUAACCCAGAGAACACAUGCUGUUAAUAAUGGAGACUAUCAAAGCGCUGUGACAGAGGAAGAUUUUGAUUCUUUCUUAAGAAAUACAAAAUUCCAGUAUGAAGCUUUUCGAAGUAGCAGACUUUCAUCUGAUGCUACAGUGCUGACACCAAACACAGAGAGCAGUUGUGACUUAAUGACCAAAACAAAAUCAACGAGUGGAAAUGAUGACAGCACAUCAUUAGACUUAGAGUGGGAAGAUGAAGAAGGCAUGAACAGAAUGAUUCCAAUGAGAGAACGCUCAAAAACAGAGGAAGACAUACUCCGGGCAGCACUGAAAUUUAAUAGCAAGAAGACAGGAAGUAAUCCACCUUCAGCCUCUGAUGAUUCUAAUGGAUUAGAGUGGGAGAAUGACUUUGUUAGUGCUGAAAUGGAUGAUAAUGGCAAUUCAGAAUAUGCUGGAUUUGUAAAUCCUGUAUUAGAUUUGUCAACAUCAGAUGUAAGGACAUCUGAUUCUGAUCAACAGGACAGGUAGUGAAACUGUGGCCCUUGUUUGUGACCAAAUGUUUAAAAGUGAAAUAGAAUGUACAAAAACAUAUUGCUCUUUUAUAACACUGUUCCCUUCUUUUUCUUAUAAAUUGAUUAGCAAGGAAUGGGAAGGACUUGCUAUCUGAUCAAUUCAGAAUUAAGUGCAAUUUUAUCAUCUACCUUCUAAACUUUUGUGAAAACUGGAAUGAUUCUAUUGUGUAUAUUUCUGGAUAUCUGGAUUUAAUAUAAAAUUAUCUGUGCUAAUUUAAGAUUCGUAGCUUGGCAUAUCUAUAUUUUAACUAGCCUUUUUUUUUUCUGGAUGAUGUUUCUACUGAUUUGUUUUUAAAGCUCAUAGUUGUCCUGAGAAAGUCUUACCUAAUUUAUCCAAUACUUGAAUAUAGAAAAAUAUUUUUAAGAAUCUGUCUUUAUUUCUGAUAUGUGCUCUUUGAUGUGGUCAGCGAUUUAGAGGGUGGAAUUAGCCAGUUGUAAACAAAAAUAUCAUGCUGUGAAUUGCAGUUCUCUUUGUCUGUCAUGUAUUUUCUCUAGCACUGUGUGUUCCUUUUACCAUUUCCUUUAUGUUUUUUUUUUUUGUUUUUUGUUUUUUUUUAAUUAUUUUAUGCUAAGCACAGUUUAACAUCAUGGUUAAAUGAAUCAUCGGGUUAGGUAAAAUACUGUCUUCUCUAAUAAUGCCAGGCAUAGUCAGUGUGCCUAGACAGAAGGGGGAAAAAAAUAAACAUUGUUUUAAACUGGAAUAACCCGUUAUCUGCUGGGUAACCAGGAGGACCAAAGCUUUGAUUUCUACUCCCCCUUCACCCCAUUCCCUUAUAGGUCAACAUUUGCUAUUAUGUGGUUUUUAAAUUCUUAAGUUAUGGAUGACUUGUAAAUCAGCCUAAUGAGAACAAUUAUUGAAAGACAGCAUUUUCUCAGUGAACUGGGAGACUGAAUUUCUGUACAAAAUAGUGUGUUUAAGUGCUCUAGGUUUCCUGUGCCUCUAAACUAAAUGGUUAGUACUGCUAACAGAUCUAGUGUGUUGUGUGACCUCCCCCUUGUUAUAAGUUAUUCUUUAAGGAGGGGGGGAGCAAUCGUCACUGAAGAGAAUAUGCAAAACAGUUGUAAACCUUGAGAUUUCCCCAACGUUUCAGUUAAGCCAUAGUAGUCAGCUAUUACUUCAUCUGGCUGUCUGGUUUCUUUCCCCCUGGAAAAAAAUAGUGGGGUUUAAUUUCACCACUGUGGAAUAAAAGCAGCACCCUGUUACGUAGGAAAAGCUGCAUCAUUGGAAUAACUGAAUUUGCUGGUGCAAGUUGCCUAACUGUUUUAGAUUAUCUGUAUGUUGGGUUUGCUAUAACGUGGUCCUCUUCUUGACAACGUAAAAAAUCCUGCACAUUUACAUUAAAUAUAUACAUAUAUCAACACCGGCAAAGAUAAAAAUAUUUUGUUGAUCACAUUCCAUUUCUUAAUUUAAAUGGUAGCAAUGUCAUUGGAAAUACUUUAAUGCAAUUAUCUGCAUUUGCAGUGCUUGUAAUAUGCUUUAAAAAUUUGUACACAUCAAAUGUAUAUUUUUGGUUUGGCAUAAGCUACUACUGUAACUUCUGAUGUUUAUUCAUAUAGUAUAUUCUUACUGUAAUGAAGGUAACUUUCUCACAGUGUAAAUAACACUUUUUUUAACCUGCUGAAACUAACUUGCCCUUUCCUGAUCACUGAAGAUGAGAUUGACUUGUCCUGACUGUGCUUCAAGGAAGUAAGCUAUAGUCCUGCUUGGAGAAUGAGCAGGCAUUUGGCAAAGCAAAGAAGCCUUAUCUCCAACUGAAAGUCUGUACUGUGAUGUGUGUGUUCUGUAGACAUGGUUAUUUGCAUUCUGCUUUUCAGAGUUAAGUGAAUCACAGAGUGACUUAGGAAAUCACUCUAAAUAUUUGUGGAAGUGUGAGAAAUGGAAAGAUGAUGUAAACAUCUUACAUGAAACAGCACAACAGUACUGUAAAGUACGCAUCUCUGUACAAACUUAAAACUAAUUAAACUUUUCAGACAGUCUUAUGUUUAA